UGUUUUGUGCACAACUUUGGAAAACGUCAAAAUUUUGUAUAAUUUCGCGAAAUUACUGUAUGUGCGGAUUUUAAUUAAACACCUUAGACGAGGCCAAUAUUUCACACAAAAAAAUAUUUAAAACUAUAUACAAAAAUGCCAAAGAAGAUGGGAAUGAAUUCGAAGGCGGUGGAAGCGCGUGAACGGAAGCAAGCUGUAAAGCAGGCCAAAAGCGAACGAGCUGUGAAGGAGGCUGAGGAUCGACUUUGGCAAGACAAUGAUAAGAAUUUGGCGAAGAAACAACAACGUCGUGAGGAGGAAGAAAAGAAACGCGCUGAAGCUGUGCGGCGAAAGGCAGAGGCAAAGGCGCUGCUCGAUCAAGAAAUGUCCUCCAUUAAGACACAAGGCAAACAACCACUGGCAAAAAUUCAUCGCCAACAAAUAUUGGAGGAGCUGGAAAAGAAACAACGCGCUAUCGAUGCCAUUAACGCUGCUAAACCUCAAGCGGGAGCUCGUGUAGUGUUGCCGGAACCGAUUAUCGAAGAAAAUUUGAAUCGCUCCAUGGCAGAUGUGGAUAUAGCAACUAGUGUCGAUCAGGCUUUGGUUGCUUUAAGUGUGAAAGAUGACGAGGAAGACAAGCAUCCAGAGAAGCGAAUGCGUGCAGCUUAUAGAACAUUCGAGACAGCCAAUCUGCCACGUAUCAAAGCAGAAAAUCCCUCGCUACGUAUGUCGCAAUGGAAACAAAUACUUAUGAAAGAAUGGAACAAAUCGCCGGAGAAUCCUUUCAAUCAAACACACUGACCAGUCCUCUGACACUAGCGCUGUCUAUUGACUGAUAUGAUGGAUCUGAUUUUGGCACAUAAUUGAGUGUUGAUGGCUAUCCCAGAGUAGUGUUUAUAAUAUUUAUUGCUGGCACAUAGUGGAUAAGCGUGUGGCACGAGUAUAUAUAUACAUACAAGUAUCACAAUUAAAUUAUAAAUCAUUUACUACUUAGUUAAAAUAUUUCUGUGGUUUAUAUGCAUUUUUCUUAUUUGUAUGCAUAAAAAUAUUCAUUAAACAUUUGAACUAGUCUCAAAAAAUCAAAUUGUAAA